GAAAACAAUGCAAAUUAGAAUUGGAGAAACGGUUUCGAGUUUUGAAGGCCUUUUAUUUUUUGCCCCUUAAACCCUUCAAAAAAUUAAUCCAAAAACAAUAAAUAAGAAGAUGUCUCAAACUUCAAACCUCCGCCUCCUCCUCUCUUCCGCCAACCACCGCUGCCGCCAACCUCUCUCCGCCGCCUCCUCUUUUCUCCCACAAAAUCUCUCCUCUUCCGGUUCUUUCCCGUUUUCAUUCAAAACCCACCUCAGAAAUCGCAAAACCCUGCCCCUCUUCGCUACUUUCUCCUCGUAUUCAAAGAAACAUUAUAGUUCAAAAAACGAAAACAACAAUUCGCGCCCAUUUAGUAGGAACAAAAGUAGUUUAAGAGAGACUGUUAAAAAGAUGGAUAGUGGUAGUGAAAAAGGCGGUAUCUUGGCGAUGGAGGAGAGAGAAAGAAGUGCGAAGAGUGCAGCGGAAGCUGCGGGGAUUUAAUAGGAAGAGGGCUGAAGGAAGGGAUGAGAGCGAUAGGCCCAAAAAGCUGCAGCUCAAAGUUCGGACGCUCAAUCCUGCUAAUACCAUUUCUUAUGUGCAGAUCCUUGGAACUGGAAUGGAUACACAAGACACAUCCCCAGCAGUUUUACUGUUUUUUGACAAGCAAAGAUUUAUAUUUAAUGCUGGAGAAGGACUUCAACGUUUCUGCACCGAGCACAAGAUCAAAUUGUCGAAGAUUGAUCACAUAUUUCUCUCACGUGUCUGCUCAGAAACUGCUGGUGGACUUCCAGGUCUCUUAUUAACUCUGGCGGGCAUGGGGGACGAAGGGAUGUCUGUGAAUAUGUGGGGUCCCUCAGAUUUAAAAUAUUUACUUGAUGCUAUGAAAUCUUUUAUCCCCAAUGCUGCCAUGGUUCAUACGCGUAGCUUUGGGCCAUCACCAGGAUCACCAAGUAGGGUGCUGCAGAGCUUUGAUAAUCCUUUUGUUCUCAUUGAUGAUGAAGUGGUCAAAAUAUCUGCGCUACUCUUGAGACCGAAUCAUGAAGAAGUCUCGAGUUCUCCAGAAUCUGUCACAAAUGCGACGAAGCCGGGUGAUCUUUCUGUUAUUUAUAUUUGUGAAUUGCCAGAGAUUAAGGGGAAAUUUGACCCUCGAAAGGCUGCUGCUCUUGGAUUAAGACCCGGCCCGAAGUUUCGCGAACUGCAACUUGGGAAUUCUGUGAAGUCGGAUAGUCAAGAUAUCAUGGUACACCCAAGUGAUGUACUGGGUCCGUCUGUUCCUGGUCCCAUCGUCCUGCUGGUCGACUGCCCUACAUCGUGGCAUUUCCGAGAUCUCUUGACCCUACAAUGCCUUGCCCCGUAUUAUGUAGAUACAGCUAAUGAGGUACUAGAAGGUUCCAAGAUUGUGAAUUGUGUAAUUCAUCUGACUCCCCUGAGCGUCACUCAGACAGAUGAUUAUCGAACGUGGAUGUCAAAAUUCGGAGAAGCUCAGCAUAUAAUGGCAGGACACGAGAUGAAAAAUACACAGGUGCCAAUUUUGAAAGCAAGUGCUCGACUUGCAGCUCGCCUAAACUAUCUAAGUCCUCAAUUUUUCCCAUCUCCGGGUUUCUGGACACUGCAGAACUCAGGUUUACCAUCUGAGCCGCAGGCACCACAUAAGGAUCUCUUUUUGAAAGACAAACAGAUUUCAGCUGAGAAUCUUCUCAAGUUUCAUAUGCGUCCCUACGCGAAUCUGGGACUCGACAAAUCAAGUAUACCAAGUCUAUCAUCUCAUUCCGAGAUCAUUGAAGAGCUACUAUCAGAAAUUCCGGAGGCUAGGGACGCCUCCGAGAAAGUGACCCGUUUAUGGUCGGACAGCGCGAGUAUGACCGAAGAACCAUGGUUGCUCGAAGGCGCAGUCCCUAGCUGUCUUGAAGAUAUAACCAGAGAAGAUAUGGAGAUUGUUCUUCUUGGCACUGGUUCUUCUCAGCCCUCCAAGUAUCGAAAUGUUAGUUCUAUUUUCAUCAAUCUAUUUUCCAAAGGAAGUUUACUCUUAGACUGCGGUGAAGGAACCUUGGGACAGCUAAAGAGAAGAUUCGGUGUCCAAGGUGCUGAUGAAGCUAUAAGAGGUUUGAAAUGCAUCUGGAUUUCACACAUCCAUGCCGAUCAUCACACGGGGCUCGCAAGAAUCCUUGCUCUACGACGUGAUCUGUUGAAGGGAUCGCCGCACGAGCCCGCCAUUGUCGUUGGUCCCAGGCAGCUCAAGAGGUUUCUCGACGCCUACCAGAGGCUCGAGGAUCUGGACAUGCAGUUUCUCGACUGCUAUCACACGACAGAAGCUGCAUUGGAGGCCUUUGAUUCAAAUGAAGGAAACCCUACGAAUCCCGCCAGCAAGGACGUCGAUUCCGCUCUGUUUGCUCGAGGCAGUCGCAUGCAGAGCUACUGGAAGAAGCCGCCAAGUCCUUCUCAGAGCGGCGCUGCUGCUCAAAUCCUCAAGUCGUUGAAGAAGGCUCUCGAAGAAGCUGGAUUAGAAGCACUGGUGAGCUUCCCCGUCGUUCAUUGUCCCCAAGCUUAUGGCGUCCUGCUGCAAGCCUCAAGCAGGAUCAACAGCGUCGGUAAAACCAUUCCCGGGUGGAAAGUCGUCUACUCAGGCGACACCAGACCCUGCCCGGAGCUUGUCAAGGCUUCCCACGGCGCGACUGUGCUCAUUAACGAGGCGACCUUUGAAGACGGGAUGAUGGAGGAGGCGGUGGCCCGGAACCACAGCACGACGAUGGAGGCAGUGGGAGUCGGGGAUUCUGCGGGAGCAUAUAGGAUCAUAUUGACUCAUUUCAGCCAGAGAUACCCCAAGAUUCCGGUGUUCAACGACGAAACGCACAUGCAUAAAACGUGCAUCGCUUUCGACAUGAUGAGUGUCAACUUAGCUGAUGUUCAUGCCCUACCAAGAGUGCUGCCAUAUCUUAAACUUCUGUUUAAAGAUGAAAUGAUUGUUGAUGAAUCUGAGGAUGUAAGCUUGGCUACUGCAGUUGCCUAACUUUGAUAUUUUUCUCAUUUAAUCAAGCCAUUAUUUAUUUA